UUUGUUUCUACCUAAGCCGUAUUUUUGAGCUAUUUACUGCAUAUCGUGACUGAAAUCAUGGAUUUAAUUAGACCAACAAAAGAAACUUUAUUAAGUGAAAUAAUUACGAGAAAUCAGGAAGCAAUAUAUGAUUCAACUAAAAAACGGCCACUUGGAUGUUCAUCCAUACAAGAUUUACCACCUCAUUUGGAUAAAUAUAAAACAACAUUUGGAAUGAUAUAUGAAAAAGGUUAAGUCAACGUGAUAAUUAAAUAAAUGUACUGAUCGUAAAAAGGUAGUGAUGAGUGAACAUGCGAGGUCUACAUUGUUUACGUUUACUAAAAAUUAGAAAGAAAUAUUUACCUUGGGUGUUGUAAUUUGUUAUUAGGACACAAAAUAAAAACUGAUUUAUUGAUCUGUUAAAUCUAAAGAAUAGACUGACAUGAUGAACAAUAUCCGUUCACCUUCGUUGUAUGGUCUUUUUAACUUCACUUAUGUCCUACUGUUUUAUGUUCAUCUUCAAAGUGGAAUGUCAGUUUAAUUUUUGAAACUAUAUACAAUAAUUAGAUAUAUUAGAGAAAAAGGUACUCUUUAACAACAAUGACAGCUUAGUUAUCCUGUUCAAUCAGACAAAAAGUUAAAUGACCAUAAAGGUUAAAACAUACAAGUGUGCUCAGCUUGAGUAAAAAGGAAGCAUGCAAUUACGAUAUUUUAACAAUAAUAUUAGAUAAAACUUUAUUUUUAUAAUUGCUGACUUAUUUUGUCAAAUGAAAUUAUCUUUGCAUCGAAGAUCAAGUUAAGCAAGAAAAUGGAUCCGGUUGUUUGUUUUCAUGACCUCAUUUUAAGUAUAGAGAGUCUCACAAGAAAUCAAGUAUUGUUGUGUCACAAAGUUAAUGCCAUCAUCUUGAUUGCUAUGUUACCAGAAUGUAACCGGAAUUCUCAUUUAUCUAGGGGAAAGAGCUGGAGAUUUAAUAAACCCACAAAGAAAACGUAUUGAUAUUACAAAUGAAGAAUUAGAGAAUCAUCAACAUUAUCUCAUUUCGCAUAAACAUUUAUCCCCUGGUGAGCAGGCGCAUAGAAAUUAUAAAAAGUUAGUCAAAUUGCAUAUCUGCAAAUAAUGUUUACUGUUAAAACAUGUAUGGAUUAGUGAGUUUAUGAGGUAUACAUCUCUUAAAAAUAUAAAAUAAUCGAGGAAAUAUAACUCCUUAAUUGUAUCUUUAUCAUCAUGGCUCUCAACUAAGAUAAGUUUCAUUUUAUAAUGACUGAUUACUGAAUGGUGAAUAAUUUCAUGUUUGUCUCCUACUUUGAUGCCAAUUAAAUUCUGUAAAUAAUGUUGCAGCUUGACCACUAAUUCAAGUAACUUGCUAUCACAUGAAAUAUUUUGAUGUUAGGUUCUCAUAUGUAAUCGAAAAGAUAUUCUUAAUCUAAGCUCCAUACAAGUGGCUUACCUGGAGUUUUAUCCGUAAAAUGCAGUCAUCACUCAAUCCGAUACAAAUAUAAAAAUGAUAGCAGUUCAGUUGGUAAUCAAUGCAAAUACCUCAGUUUCACAGGAGGUCCGCUGUAGUUCAAAUGGCUCAUUGGCAAAGUCACAGAUUGUGAGACAGAUUGUGAGGGCAUCAAUCCAUUCAGCACUCUAGAUGCGUCUUGGUAACAAGUGACAACUGAAAUGUAACUUAGGGUCAAGGUUUUUUUAAACUAUCUACAACUACGUAAAUCUAUGUUGAUUUGGCAUUUACGAAUAAAAAUGAACGUAGGACUAAUGGUAACCAGUCAUUUAAAUGUGUACCACAAAUUUGCAAUAGCACCUUAUUUGACAAAAAAUGAGGUAAAGCCUCAAGUGACAGUUUAUUAAACUAGUUGCGUGAGCGGUAAAAUAAAAAGCAAACUGUGAAGAAGGGUGUAUGGACGUUUUCUGGAAACAAAGAUCAGAUUUUUAUUAUAAGUUCCUGACGCCUGUGAUUUAUUUAAGAGGUAAAAUGUAGAAGCAUACAACUCAGUAAUUAAAGUUAAAUAUAUGACUUUAAAUACCACCUUCAUAUGUGCUUUAUUUUGAUAAAAGGAUUACAACGCACUGCUAAUUAAAUAAGCGAAUACUAAAUCGAACCAUGAAAAACUUGAACUAUUACUGAAUUUAGCAAACUCAUAAUUUGUCAUUAGUCUAGAACUGACGAGUUAAAAGAUAAUCAUGGACUCAGUGGUGAUUAAUGUUGAGAUAAAUUUCCAAGGUUCUGGUGUGAAUUUUCGACUAGUGGAGGUGAACUGUAUUGCGAGUAAGACUAUUAUAAAUGAGGCAAGUGGUUGGUCGUCAUGUUGUUUUGUGAAAUGAAUGGCAUUAGAAAUAUGAUGCUCUGGAUUUAACUUAAGUAAUCCAAAGGCAAUAUGCACGCUGUGAGACUUUAAAUCCCAGGGUACACAUCACUGAAUAGUCGAUGUUGUUCACUACUACUACCUUUUCUUCAGUAGUUUGUCGGUUAAAGUAAGCUCGUAGCACAUACGACGUGAAGACCAACGCGUUCAAUUGAUAUCGCACAUGAAGUGCUGUACACCAAUAUACACAGAAAAUAAAACAUUGAGAUCAAUUUUUCACGCCCAUAAGUUAUAGAUUAGAUGAUGAAUCACCUAUUUAAAAUCAUCCCGGAAAGUUUUCAUGCAUUGGAGUAGCCAAUUACUGAGAUAUUUUGUAGGUACUCCUUGUGGUGAAUAAUUACAAGGAGUUAUCGCUUCACGUUGCUAAGUUUGGCACUGAAUCGAUAUGUCUUUCCGGGUUCAAGCCCUAGGAAGGAAUAUAGACAUCCAAAUGUAGAUUGACGAGUGUUCUACGGGAGAAAAUACUUGUAGGCUUUACUUUUAGUCAUCGUCUGACAAUAUGCUUCGAUAUAAUUUAUUUAACUAAAUAUAUCGAUUUUGAGGAUCUUUUCAAUCCUUAAUUUAUUUAGAUGCGUAGAUAAAAAACCUCAGGGACAUUUUACACAAUUUUAUUGUUAAAAUAAACAUUACUACUGAUCAUAUUGCUUUUUUUAAUUACAAUUAUCAACACACCAAGUUUUAAUGAUAAACAAGUAUUUGGUAUGCAUACAAAUUGUGACCCACGUGGAAUACACGUAGGUCGAGCUAUGAAUUGGACGUUUAGUGAUUCUAACAAUCAGAACAUAGCCAUUAUGAACAAAACACAAAGUGAUCACAAAAUGAAGCAUGGUGAUAUUUUGGGUAAAGUUAGAGAUCCAAUACGUGAUACAAUGAAAAUUCCUGAUGAUCAUAUAUUUGGGUUAAUUAAUAAAAAUAAUGAUAUUACAGUUGGCCAGCUACUACAUGGUUUAUUACCAAGAAAUAUAUCUGGAUUAUAUACUGACGACAGUAGCAUUGAUAAACAAAGUGAAUUCAACAAGAAAAAAUACACAGAGUACAGUGAUAGGUUCAAAUUAAUAAUGUCGGUUAUUCAUCAUGCUCUUAGAAAAGCGCAUUACACACAUGGACCAGAAAUUAUCGCCACUCUUUGUCAACUAGCUAAUAAGUCGAAUCUUAUUCCAAUGAUUGAUGCACGUCAAAUUUUUAAUCAUUUUCAAGUACCAUUAGAUGAAGAGUUAACAGAACAUUUAUUUGAUUUAAUCACAGUACCAGCGUCAAAUGAAAUGAUUGAACAUGUUAAAGAAUGUAUAAAGCAUAAUAAAGCGAACAAUAUAAAUAAUGAGAAACAUUAUCAGAUUGAGAAUGAUAUGAUUAAUUGGGCAAUUGAUUGGUGUAAAUUAAGUGAAUUAUUGAAUUGGAAUAAUGAUAAAUCUAUGCGAAAUUGCUGUCCUGGUUUUACUACUAUUACUAGUAAUAAUAAUAGUAGUAUUGUUAAACCAGAAUGUUAUGAGGAUACUGAAAAUGUCCGCAGUCGUCUUCAACGUGCUAUUCAAGCAAAUAUUCAUCAUUGGACAACAACAAAUUCCAUAUACACUGGUAAUCUUAAUGGAUUAAUUAAUACAGAUAAUUGGGAAAUCCUUGGUGAAAAAAGCCUUCAACUUGAUAAAUUAGUACCUAAGUUUCGUAGAACUACUGAUCACGCACAUUACGGUGAUGAAGCUGGUGUUGGAUCAAUUAUAAGUCCAAGUAUAUUCACAGACUAUGGAUUAACUAACAGAGAUCUACUAACUCUACGUAAUAAACAAGAUACAUUGAAUCUGUUUACUGAAGCUAAUUUGUGUCAUUUAUUCAACACUCCCCUAAGUUUUGACAAAGUCUGGCAAAUGGCACUGAGUUUCGAUAAGGCAUUGUUGGGGAAUAAACAGCCGAAAACAGACGACCAAGUUACUUUACAAUCAUUUAAAGAUGCGUUAUUUAAACUUCAUAAGGAUUCAUAUCAGCAAGAAUAUCGGUCGUGAAUACAUACAGGAAAGUGUUUUUAGUUAAUAAUGUAUUAUUAUUAUCAUUAUACAGCAAUUAAGAACCUACAGAUCAUUAAUUCAUAGUAAGUUGCUGUAUUCAGGUAACAAUUCAGUGGGUGAAAUAUAUAAUUGACCAAUAUUUGU